AAUAUAACAGGGUACAAAACUUUGCUCAAGGGGAUCUCAGGAAGGUUCAGCUGUGGAGAGCUGGCUGCCAUAAUGGGCCCCUCGGGGGCGGGGAAGUCGACCUUAAUGAAUAUCCUGGCAGGAUACAGAGAAACAGGAAUGAAGGGGGAGGUUCUAAUUAAUGGACAGCCACGGGACUUGCGCACAUUUCGCAAAGUGUCCUGUUACAUCAUGCAGGAUGACAUGCUGCUACCCCACCUCACAGUGCAGGAGGCCAUGAUGGUCUCUGCCCACUUGAAGCUCCAAGAGAAAGAUGAAGGCAGAAGAGAAAUGGUGAAGGAGAUCCUGACAGCUCUGGGCUUGCUGUCCUGCGCUAACACCAGGACGGGCUGUCUCUCUGGGGGUCAGAGGAAACGGCUGGCCAUUGCUCUGGAAUUAGUGAACAAUCCCCCUGUUAUGUUCUUUGAUGAACCCACCAGUUGUCUGGACAGCUCUCCUGCUUCCAGGUUUCUCUUUUAAAUGAGUCGCUGGCACAAGGUGGACGAAUAACAUCUGCACCAUUCACCACCCAGUGCCAAGCUGAUCGAGCCUCUUUGACCAUACGCUUUAUGUAUUAAGUCAGGGACAAUGCAUCUACCGUGGGAAAGUGUCGAAUCUCGUCCCCUACCUGCGAGUCCUAGGAUUAAACUGCCCAACCUAUCACAACCCGGCGGAUUUCAUCAUGGAAGUGGCAUCUGGAGAGUAUGGAGACCAGAACCCCCGGUUGGUCCGAGCCGUACAGGAAAUGUCUAGUACGGAGCAGAAGAGGGAUCAUUGUGGGGAGAAUGAACCCAACCCAUUCAUGUGGCACAAACCGGCUGAUGAGGACUCCUCACCCACCGAAGGAUGUCACAGCUUCUCAGCCAGCUGUCUUACCCAGUUCUGUAUCCUGUUCAAGAGAACCUGUCUUAGUAUUAUGAGGGACUCGGUGCUGACCCACCUCCGUAUCACAUCACACAUAGGGAUUGGCCUCCUCAUAGGAUUACUGUAUCUUGGAAUUGGAAAUGAGGCCAAAAAAGUCCUGAGCAACUCGGGAUUUCUCUUCUUCUCCAUGCUCUUCCUGAUGUUUGCCGCCCUCAUGCCAACAGUCCUCACCUUUCCACUUGAAAUGGGAGUGUUUCUCAGAGAACAUCUCAACUAUUGGUAUAGCCUGAAGGCGUACUACUUAGCCAAAACGAUGGCCGACGUCCCCUUCCAGAUCAUGUUCCCUGUAGCGUACUGCAGUAUUGUGUACUGGAUGACGUCACAGCCUUCAGAUGCGGUGCGGUUUGUUUUGUUUUCCGCCCUUGGUACAAUGACGUCGCUGGUGGCGCAGUCUUUAGGCCUCCUCAUAGGUGCCGCAUCCACUUCAUUGCAGGUGGCGACAUUUGUGGGUCCGGUAACUGCCAUCCCGGUUCUCCUCUUUUCGGGAUUCUUUGUCAGCUUUGACACUAUUCCUGCCUAUCUUCAGUGGAUGUCUUACAUGUCCUAUGUCAGAUAUGGAUUUGAAGGGGUGAUAUUAUCCAUUUAUGGCCUCGACAGAGAGGAUCUGCACUGCGACAAGGAUGAAACAUGCCAUUUCCAGAAGUCAGAAGCCAUUCUGAAGGAACUUGAUGUGGAGAACGCCAAACUCUACCUAGACUUCAUCAUCCUUGGAGUCUUCUUUGUCACACUGCGUCUCAUAGCCUACUUUGUACUCCGUUACAAAAUCCGGGCAGAGAGAUAA